AUGAAGCUGACCCACUGGGCCAUGAUCGUUGUGCUGGCUGGUGUUGUGGCCAAGGCCGAUCCAACCUCGGAGCUUGUCUGGAUUGCACGCGUCAACCCCAACAUGACAUACACGCACAUGUCUAUGCUGGCACCUUUGUCCAACACCAGUGUUGUGGCAGCUUGGCAAGGCUCCAGUAUUGGCGAGGGCUGCAAUGACCAGGCCAUCUACCUUGCUUGGCCCUCUUUGUUUCUGCAGCCCGACAGCAACAAGCUGUGGCUCUUCUACUCGGAAUCCACACAGUAUGAUUAUCGCAACGACUCCAAAUGUGGCGAGUAUGGUCAUUCCUAUCCCGGCGGAGAGGUGCGCUACCGCACUUCACUGGAUGGUGGCCAUACCUGGAGCAGCGCCACCACCAUUCUAACUUUCCAGGAUCGUGGCCACAUUGCCAAGGUCACCGCCAACACGAUGCUUGUGCGCAAUGGUCGCUGGCUCUUGCCUUUUUGGCAGGAGCAACAUACCGUGUAUGACAUCGGCCCCGGUUGCUCUGGCGUCCUCAUUUCGGAUGACCAAGGCCAGAAUUGGACGCCCUAUGGCUGCGUCAACCGCUCUGACACCUGGUUGAUUGAAAACACACUUGGCACCAUUAACAACGGAUCGAUUUUGCAGCUCUUCCGCACACAAAUUGGUUACCUCUACGCCUCUGUGAGCAACGACAACGGCGAAACUUGGAGCAACGCGCAACCCACUCCUCUGCAAAAUCCUGACGCCAAGGUGUGCAUGACCAAUUUGCGCGAUGGCCGACUCAUGCUGGCCUACAAUCCGUCCAAGACGCAGCGCCUGCCACUUGACCUGGCCUAUACUCGCGACGGUGUCUCCUGGACCCACUAUGCCACGUUGGAAUCAAACAUGUCCACUACAUACCAAUAUCCCACCCCGGUCCAACUUGGCAACGAAGUACUCACGAGCUAUUCUGCUGAUACGCGCACCGGUAUCAAAUUGGCCAUUACCCCACUCUGA